AUGUAUCAUGUUCUUUUGAAGAACAAUGCUGGUGCUAUUCUAUCGGGUAAAGGACAGGGGCAUGAUGAUGCACUUCAUCUUGACCAGGGACUCUUACGUCUUGCGGAGAUCGAAGACUGGAAUCAUGUUAUGGCAAUCACUCAUGGUGGUGUUAGGGUGAACCUACCCGAAGCUAGUUUGGGUUGUGAGGAGACUGCCUCUGUAGGAGAAAGUCCAAUAGCUCAACGGGGAAUCAACUGA